CCACAUAAUAAAUUGAUCUGGAGUCCCUGGAGGACUAUCUGGCUUCGAUAUUCCAGACAUGUAUGAAGAUGAAAGCCUGUGCUACGCUUUCUACACAUGGUGUUUGGCACAUCCCAUUGCAUUGUUCUCUUUUGCGCUGGUCAACAUUCUAUGGCGUGGCAUGAACAACUGCUACAUGUCUCAGGAAUUGGACUACACGCUAUUUCCGUCCGCACUGCCACCUCUGCACACAGGCCUGAUUGAUCAUAGAGCCUGUGUGCCUGCAUUGGCUGGCGGCUUCAUCGACGCUGUCAGCAUUCUGGAACAGGUCUACGUGAGACACGGUUGUUCGUGA